AUGGUUACAGGAAGGUAUGUGGACUAUGUGAGGCUUGCAGGUGGCGGGCUUCGAACCAGUGAAGGCGUACUCUAUUUGGUUGAUGAUUGUACCAAGGAUUUGGUUAUGCACUUCAGCGCAGAUAUAAAGGAGCAAGACAACGAGGCCGAUGAAACCGAAAACGCCGGCAACAGCGAUGCCACUGCCAGUGCCCACGCACCUACACUGGCAAUCCUGUCUACAAAACGGACACUUAUGCGACAUCUUUACAAUAGCUCACUUAAGAAAUAA